AUGGACGCUAUAGCGGAUUCGGUGAUCCAACCAACGAAAUCGAAGGCUCAGGAGAUUGAAGACACACCAUCUCUACUUACGGUAGUUAUGGACACAAGUAUUCACUCGUGGGUGCAGCUUAGGAAACAAAGUUCUGGCGAAGGCGCCAAUGAAAAUCAACUUAUAGAGGCCUUGAAGUCGAUUGUUGUAUUUCUCAAUGCUCACUUAGCGUUCAAUUCGGCAAACCAAGUGUGCAUCAUAGCGGCACAUUCCAAGGGCAUCAAAUAUUUGUAUCCGUCCGCAGACUCAAUCUCUUCUAAAUCUAUGGUCAGUUCUGACAUGUACAGAGGUUUCCGUAAUGUGGACGAAAUUGUGGUUGAACAAUGGUAUAGUCUCUUCAAGGAUGAAGCUGAAGGUGAUGAGAGUAAGGUUUCGAUGAAGAGUAGUUUGAGUGGAGCAAUGUCCAGUGCACUAACGUAUGUCAAUAGAAUAUUAAAAGAGAAUGAGAACACCAAUUUAAGAAGCAGAUUACUCGUAAUAACAUGCGGUACGUCGCAAGGAAAAGACGAGAUCUUCCAAUAUAUUCCAAUCAUGAACUGUAUCUUUUCGGCAACAAAAAUGAAGUGUCCCAUAGAUGUAGUUAAGAUCGGUGGUAGUAUCGAGAGCACAUUUUUGCAACAGGCAACUGACGCUACCAAUGGAGUAUAUUUACACGUAGAAAACACCAGAGGUUUGAUACAGUACCUUUCCACAGCAAUGUUCAUCGACCCAUCAUUGAGAAACGUUAUAGUAAAACCUAAUCAAGGUUCUGUUGAUUUCAGAACAUCAUGUUUUCUCACGGGGAAGGUUGUUGCUGUGGGAUUUGUAUGUAGUGUUUGCUUGUGUGUUUUGUCUGUCAUACCUCCUGGUCAGAAAUGUCCCGCAUGUGAUUCGCCAUUUGACUCUAAAAUUAUCGCCAGGCUAAAAAGAAAACCGGUCUUGAGCAACGGAGUGCCGAAGAAGAAGAAAGUCCAAUGA